CGAAAACCAGAGUCUGAAGAAGAAGCUGUGGAUAAGACCUUGAAGGUUUUACUGGGACAUUUCCAGCGAGCUCUUUUUUCUGAAAAACCAAAACUCUCAGCAAAAUCGAACUGAAAAUGGAAGUGGGUAUGUCUUUAAACGCAGUGGUUCGGCUUCCACUAUCGAAUUCAAGAACCCAUGAAGACGGUUUGGUCAGGCACUCACUGGUGUCCUCAAAAACGACCCAGAAAGCUUGUAAGCAAAGCGAUGGCCAAGCACUGGUGAUUGAAGCAAAGGGAAAAAAGGGAAUGCAAGAUCGUCAGUUCCAGAGGCGUCAACCUCCUCCCAUGCCCAAGAUUGAAGACGAUGGCAACCCACGUUUCGUUGUGUUUAUUCGAAUGGCCAAUGUUUACCUAUGGUACCCACUUAGUGUGAUCUCUGGUGGAACCACGGCAAAAAUCAUGCUUGCAGCGAAAGAUAAUUUUCUGGGGAAAUAUAUAUACAAAGAUACACUUGCUAGAAAUCUUGCAGCAGUUAUUUACCGAGAUGAGAAGGAAAUACAGAAGACGGCGUUCAAGCAGUAUCGUGUAUUGCGGUCAGCGACUGAGUUUAGAUAUGGCUACAAGAUUGUGGAAAAUGGUAAUAUGAGAGCAGCACUUUCAACGUCAGAUGUAAUCGAGCUUCCAACACCAGACCAGCUUAGAACCACUCUUGAUAAAGUGAAAGAUUUUUUUGGGGAAGCAAAGGAAUCUUUUGGCAAGCUGACGGCUAUAAGUUCAUCCGAGUCUGAGGAAUCAGAACAAAAAAUUGAAAAACCCAAGGAAAAGGUUAAACGUUGAAGAGAAGAAGCAAUCACUCGGCCUGUUGCAGUGGAAGAUAGAGAAGCCUAAUCUGCUGCAUAGAGAUUUCCUUAAAAGGUGGUUUAGGAUUCUACACACGGUUUUGUUCAUAGUUCUGUGUUCAUCUCAGAAAUUUAUGUUAUUUUCCAAUAACAUCUAAUACAAAUUUAGCCCUGUUCCAUACUUGUAUUUUUUCACAAUCUCUUGAAAGCUGAAUUUAAGCAAAAACGCUUUAACCAAGAUUCAUGGAACACCUUUUGUAGUC